GAGAACGGAAUAGUAGAUGUUUAGUUGAAACAGGGGUGCAUAAUAAAUAAAAAGGGAGUAAAAGUAGAGUAGAGGGACAAGAGCAAAACUAAGAUGGGGUACAAUUCAAUGUUAAAGACCCCCAAGAAGGAAGAACAACAAGUUCCAGAUGCGAGUACCGCUCCUGAAUUCGACGAUACCAAAGGAAGCUAUGCCCAUGGAGAGAUUGAUAUUAUUGAAGAACUGGAAGGUAUUUUGGGGGUUGAAAAUGAAGAAUUGUCAGGGGAUAAGGUACAUGCUCAUCUCACUUGGGACUUCAUGGAUUGGGAAACAGGGUUCCAGAAUGCGGAAGAAGAAGAAGGUGAAGAAGAGGAGGGAGACCGGAAAUACUUUGAAGAGUAUAACCAGGCUGUAAAGACGGAGCAUCUUGGUUUCUGGGAAGUAGAUGAUGAGAAAAGGGUUUCUUUGAACUUGAACUUGAAUUAUCAAGAUGUCUUGGAUGCAUGGUCCGAUCGUGGUCCUCUAUGGGCAGAUGAUUAUUCCAUUUCAACCGCCACAAAUGGCAAUGCCUACUAUAUGGGAGAAGUGCCAAUGAUGGAAUUAGAAGAAAGAACAAGAAGGGAAGCUAGUGUUCUAAGAUACAAAGAGAAGCGUCAGUCUAGACUGUUCUGCAAGAAGAUAAGGUAUCAAGUCCGCAAACUCAAUGCAGAUAAAAGACCCAGGCUCAAGGGCCGGUUCGUGAAGAGAGUUUCCUAAAGAGAAGAUAACCCAAACGUUGUUUCAAAUAUCUGAUAAAAUAUCUUUUACUCUGUGGACUUUUUCAUGCAUAAUCUGCCCUUUUUUUUUUUUGUUUGUCUCAAUGAAAAAAGAAAAUAUCUUUUCCGA